CUCAUAGCAAAGUUCUCAUCCUAUGGAGUUAUUUGUUAUCAUGCGAGGUAACGGUUUACAGUUAUACCAAUCUUUUAAAAAUGCUCUACUUUCUCACUGCUUUCUACUCUUGUUUCCCCACUGUUGAGUGCCGUAAGUUUCGUUUAAUUAUUCAUAAUGAGAGCUGUACCUGGUUACUAGCCACUUUCAAGUUUUUGUUUGUUUUAUUACCCUUUAGACUGACGGGCUGGUUUAGUUGUUUGGUUUUUUCAUACAUACAAAAACCAUUCUUCUCUCACUCGCACUUGGAAGCUAAUUGCGAAGAAAAUAACAACUCGACGCCAUAUGAAAAUGAGUAUCACCUUGUUAGGUUUUAAAACUUUGUUAACGGAGGAGCUAGGUGACAGUUUAGGAGAAGAUUUAAGACAUGUGGUGGUUAGAUAGCUCGUUAUUUUAAACGAAAAAGUGAAAUGACUUUGUAGAUUUUGAAAACUACGCAAGAACUUGAAAAAAUAAAACAGGAAGUCAUUUGUUCAUUCGAAGAUUCAGUAUGUUCUCACUCACCUUUCUCAGUGUACUAAGAAGUCAUUCUUUUUGGAUGGGACACAAUGGUCUAAUAUAAUCAAAAAUUUUGCGAAGAUUGUAAAAGAAUUAUUCUCAGAACCCGGAAUAGAAAUAAAAACGUCAGCAUUUUCAUCACAACAGGAAAGUAUUCCAAAGGGUAUUUCCAAAAUUUACUAAGUUUCUGGAAGCUUUUAGGGAAAUAGUGUACAUGUACAAUAAAGAGCUAUGCUCUAUUAAUCAGGCGUACAGUAAUACAAACAAUGGACUGUCUUUAGAAGGUAUCCCAAUUUCAGAUUAAGAAACAUAUAUAUAUCAAUCAUGAAUUAUUGCAGAAAUUCAAAGAAGCCCUUCCCAGUUUGAAAUCAACUACUUCACUGAUUUGUCAAAAAAUGUUUGCACUGACUCCGAAUGUGAAUAUUCGAAAGUCGAUGUAUUACGUAAUCUAACUGAUGAAAUACUUCUAAAUCAACUUCAAGCUAAACCUAUUCUUAGUAUAUCUAAGCAGCCAAGUUUCUUAAUGAAGUCUUUUGAAAAUACGGUUAUACUAACACCUGAUGUGAGACCUACUGACAGACGCUGUGUCUCCGAAAAUUUACUACAAACAAUGGGUCCAUUUUGGAAUGAAUAUGCAAAAGAAGUUGACGAAGAAACUAACAUUCAGUUGGAUGGAAAUCUGCCUAUUAUUAAUGAAAAUGAUGAAAUCUUUACUUAUCUUAUCAAUACAAUCGCAAAAGAUUUCAAUGAGAUGAAAUUUACCAGUCAUACUGAAAAUUUGAAAUCCUUUGAUAUACCGGUUCCUGAUGAAAUAGACAUGAAGCCAAUUUAUGAAACAGCUUGUCAGUUAUUCGAUAAUGAUUCCAAAUCUGUACUUACGGACCUUAGUCAAUCGUUUUUAAUGGAUAAAUCAAAAUGGAUUUUACCAAUUUUCAAGUUGCACACUGAUGAAGAUGAAACUAUGUUUCAAAGAAAAAAAAUACUGCCAAAUAGUAAACUGGAUGAAUUAUUUAUUCAUGAAGUAAACAAACACAAAAAACAACAAAAUGAAAAAAUUGAAAAUAACUCAGUUGACAAUUUUAGUGAAAAAUAUGAGAAAAUUUUAGCAGAAUUAGAAAGUGAAAAAGAAAAUUUCAAUAAGUUAAAACUAAAGUCAAUAAUAAGUCAGUACAAGUCCAGUGAAGUGGUAUUGUGGAAUACAGGCAAUGAUAUAACGGUUAAUAAUGGCGGUAGUGACUAUGAGUCGUUAAGCAAUUGUGAAGAAAAAAUUAAUUUACUCAAAUUUAAUUUAAUGAAUUUAGUUAAUAUAUCACCAAUUUGUAGUAUUUACAAAACUGGUAAAGAAAUGUGUGAUCGUAAUUUAAAUACUGUAAAAAAUACAAUUCAACAAAGACUUUUUAUUAUAUGGAAUAAAUUGAAACUUAAUGAAAGUGAAAAACAAUAUUGUCUAUUGAAAUUUUGUUGGCAACAUUUAAAUGAAACAAUUUACAUGGCAACUAUUAAUAAGGCAUUAAAAUUAUUGGAACGUGCAGCGGAAUAUGUUGAACGUCGUGAAAUGUUUUUGUAUAAAUUAGCAAAAAUUGAAGCUGAACAUAUGAUUCAAUCAAAAGUUUAUAGUUUAAGUAAGUAUCAAUAAAUGGCGUAAGUAAAAAUUGGACAAAAAAUAUUAAAAAUUUAAGCUACUUACAACACUACUUACAACAAGUGGUUGAAGUCAGUUUCAUAUCUGCACUUGGUUCUUUUAAAUGAGAUAUAGACAGAAUAAGAAUCUGAAAUAAGAUUUUACAUUAACUGGUGUGAUAUUAAAUGACCUAUAGAAAUCCACAAUCACUAGAUAGUUAUUUCAUUUCUAUGAAAUACUUUUCAGCAAUAUUAAUCCUCAAUCUCGAACUAAUGUUCAACAAAGUACUUUAUUAUAAGCAGAGAUGGUAGUAAGGCUAGAUCGAGGCAAUAUGCACAGUAUGCACAUGUGCUAAUAAUAGACUAAUCAAUUGCAGUCCUGAUCACUAAUGGGAAGGUUCAACACGAUAUUGAAAAUUUACUGUAGUAGCCCUUCAAACGUAUACAACUUCAGGUUUCCCUGUGAAGUGUUGCAAUUUUAACGCUGUAGCUUAUCGUUAAGGUUAUGGCAUGAAAAAGAUCUUAACUAAAAAUUUUCUGUUUCUAUAAACCCUCUGACGUUUUGUAUAUGACACGAACCAUUAAUGCUAAAAUAUUUGAUUCUAGUCAGCCCUAAUUUUUCUUGAAGCAAUUUUUCCACUUCAUCAACCGAGAUGGCUAGGAUACGUGUUUUAGAUACAUGUCAAAAAUCUGACCCAACACUAUGCUAGUUAACUCGAUAUUAGAUUGAAAAAAACAAUAAAGAAAACUUGAAAAAGGCAUAUUGUUAAAUAAUAAAGUUACCUACUGUUAUUCAGAAUUCAAAAUCAGUAGUAACAGCACAAAUGAUUUCACUAUUCAUCUAACUCCUUAUUGUAAAAUUUUAUUCUCACUCUAUCCUAUUCGUUCUCCAAGUUCACUUGACUCUUUGAAAUUAAAUGUUUUAUCAUUAACUUUUCUAUUUAUCAACAAUACAUACGAUUCACCACGAAACUAAACCUAAUAACAUAAAGUUAUAUGGUGGGCAUUAAUAAUGACUAUAUUCAUUGUAUUAUCACUUAACGAUCUGAACAUU